UUGUGAACCUCAAUAAAUACUCUUAUCUCCCUCCUCUUUUCUCUCUCUCUGUGCUUCUCUCCUUAGUUACUCACUAUACCUUGAUCACAGCUCGAGGAGAAUUUCAAGAGGCACUCUUGCAACUCUUAAUUUUCAUGAUCAUGGGAUACCAAAAGCCUGCAUGGUUGGAAGCUCUUUACACAGAAAAGUUCUUUGUGGGGUGCUCUUACCAUGAGAACGCUAAAAAGAAUGAGAAGAAUGUGUGCUGCUUAGAUUGUUGCACCAGUAUUUGCCCUCACUGUUUACCCUCUCAUCGCUUCCACAGGCUUCUUCAGGUUCGCCGUUACGUUUACCAUGAUGUUGUUAGGCUUGAAGAUCUUCAGAAACUCAUCGAUUGCUCCAACGUUCAGGCUUAUACUAUCAAUAGUGCUAAGGUGGUGUUCAUCAAGAAGAGACCUCAAAACCGGCAAUUCAAAGGUUCGGGAAACUACUGCACCUCCUGUGAUAGAAGUCUUCAAGAGCCUUUUAUUCAUUGCUCUCUUGGAUGCAAGGUUGAUUUUGUGCUGAAACACUACAAGGAUCUGUCUCCAUAUUUGAGGACAUGCAACUCCCUACAACUAAGUCCUGAUUUUCUGAUCCCACAAGAGAUGGGGGAGGAGGAGAUGACUCGAUCAACGGUUGUGGAUUGUGAUGAGCCAAUGAGUUCUUCGUGUUCAGGAUCAUCAGGGUCAGAGAACAACAUGAGCAUGUCUUGCACAGAGGUUGUAAGGAAGAGGAGGAGUGGAUGGAGCACUGUGUGUGCAAAAUUCAUGGCCAACACCAAUAACAAGGUUUCUGAUGAAGACAUGGCCACAAGCAUGAGUAGAAGAAAAGGAAUCCCUCAUAGAUCUCCACUGUGUUAGCUACACUGAUGAAUGAAUGAAGAAGCACCACCAGCAUCAUCAUCAUCACCACCCAGAAAAAAAAAAAAAAAACAACAAAAUAAUGGAUUUAUGAGUUUAGUACUUCUUCAAUCUUGAAUUUUUUUAAUGACUGUGAUAUGAUAUUUUGACUGAGGUGAAAUGUUCAAAGUUCUCUCUGUCUCUGUCUCUCUCGAAAUUGAAGAUUUUGUUUAAUUAA